UAGAGGAGAAAGAAGGAAAGGGGAAGUGAAGAAUGGACAUCACUGCCCUAAAAUCCCUUAGCAUUCCAAUCCCAUUUCACUUUCCGUCAUCUAAAUUUUCUCCCUUUUGUCAAUUCACUUUCUUUCACUUCAAACCUUUUCUCACUUCUUCCUCAAGUCGCUUCUCCCCUCAUUGCUCUCUCAAUGGGUCAGCUAAGAUCGUAACCAAGGAAGGUGCUUUGCCUCGCGGCGUUGGAGAGGCUGUCAGUGAAGCAUCAUUUUCCAAGUUUCUUCAGGUUGUGCUCGUGUCACCUCAGAUUCCAGGAAACACAGGGUGCAUUGCUAGGACAUGUGCAGCAUCAAAUGUUGGAUUACACUUAGUUGGGCCAUUAGGAUUUCAGGUGGAUGAUACUAAGCUAAAGCGAGCUGGAUUGGAUUACUGGCCAUAUGUGGUUGUUAAGGUUCAUGACUCUUGGGCAGAUUUUCGUGAUUAUUUUAGGCAACAGGAGGGUGAAAAGCGGUUGCUAGCUUUUACAAAGAGGGGAACUCAAAUUCAUUCUGAGUUUUCCUACAGAAAAGGUGACUAUCUUUUGUUUGGUUCUGAAACAAGUGGCCUGCCACCUGAAGCCUUGUUAGACUGCAAAACUGAACCAUUUGGUGGAGGGACUAUCAAAAUCCCAAUGGUUGAGACUUAUGUCAGAUGUUUGAAUCUGUCUGUAAGUGUUGGCAUUGCUUUGUAUGAAGCUUCCAGACAACUAAACUACGAGUCACUUCAGGUACCUUCAGAAAGCCAUAUUGAUACUACUGAGGAAGAAUCAUUUAUUGCUGAAGACAUUUUUGCUUGAAUAUCAUAAAUAUUUUAUUCAACACAAGGGGGUUGGUUAAUUGAGAUGGAAAAUGUCCGUAAACUCUGAAUUAGUUAAUCCCAAAUCAGCAACCAAUUCCAUAAAUACAACUCACUUACAUGUGCCACUCACUAGAUUUUGUGGAGAUUAUGUAUCAAAAUUUUGUACCAAUCCACAUGUAAUAUCAUUGUAAUCUAAAAAGUUGUGCCACUUAUUGUGGAGGAUUAGUUUAACAUUUUCAUUGAAUCUGUGGAAUAUUGAAAAGAGGAAGGAUAAAUAAUCACAUUUUUACCUUUUCAUUUUGUC